ACAGUGUGACGUCAUCUGUGUUACGUUGUGUUUUGUCGUUGGCUCCAGUCGAGUGAUGGAAAUAUCUGUGUAGCCAAAACACUAGGAACAGGCGCUGCCGCAGACGUGGCCCUUUUCGCAUGGUUCCAGUAGCCUCUCUGCACGAUGCCAGAAAUGAACAAGUUGAAUGGCAGCCACGGCGACGGUGCCGCAACCUCUGGUCACAAGGCUCGAGCUAUACAAGACGACUUUGAUAACGCUGCGGCAAUUUUGAAACGGAAACUUGCAGAAGAGCUUGCAGAUUUGCGGGCAGCGACAAAGCAACUGAGUACUGAGGAGAGUCGGAAAGCUGCAUUAGAUGAACGUUUUGCUUCGCUUAUGCUGGAGAAAGAUGCUUUGACUAUUGACAUCACCGAGCUACAAAGAAGACGCUCGAUUGUGGCAUCGGACACUAAGGAGCGCGAGCAUGUAAUGCGGGAAAUCGUUGUGCACCUAGAUAAACUUCCUGACAGAACCGAGGAUGCCUCUGUGAAAUGUGCCAACCGAAAGGCGAUAGGAACAUGAAGAACUUCAGCAAACCGCUUAUGUGGUGGUUUCCUAUCCCACUAUGCCAAGAAUAUCUGUGUAGAUAACGGUGGAAAACCGGAGUGGGAACGAAUGUUCCGGAAUACGUCUUGCUUUUGUCCUGUCCAGGGAGUCACGGGCGUAGACCAUCCAUGAUAUCCGGUUUGGGCUGCACCGAUUCUGAACUCCGCGCACGCUGUUACUUUAAGUGGAA